AUGAGACCAGAGGUUGCAUCCAUGGCGAACACUGGCGCUGCUGCGCCGCGUCACUCCGUGACCGUGGCUCCCGGCACUCCCGUGACGUGGAGGCGCCCAGUCAUCACGGACGACCUGUCCAGCUACGUGGACAAGCCACAUUUGCCUCGUGCGGAGGUUGCUGCGGACAGGGAGCACCCGAACGGGUCCAAGGGCCAUGUGACGGGCGGCAUGACGGUGCUGCAGCAGCACUUCGCCUUCUUUGAUCGCAACAAUGACGGCAUCAUCUACCCGUGGGAGACCUAUGAAGGAUUCCGUGCUGUUGGUUUCAACAUGCUGUUGUCCUUCCUUGGCAUGCUCAUCAUCAAUGGAAGCUUCAGCUAUUUCACUCUUGAUGGGUGGAUUCCGUCGCCCUUCUUCCCCAUAUACAUUCGCAAUGCCCACAAGGGCAAGCAUGGCAGUGACUCGGAGGUGUACGACACUGAGGGCAGGUUUGUUCCUCAGAAAUUUGAGGAACUCUUUUCCAAGUACGAUCGUGACAGGAAGGGAGGUCUGACAUUGAUGGAGAUGCUUGAGAUGACUGAAGCCAACCGGAAUGUUAUGGACUUUUUUGGCUGGGUGGCAUCGAAGUUGGAGUGGGGUGCCACCUGGUUGCUGUGUCGCGAUGACAGGGGAGUGGUGACCAAGGAGCAGAUCCGGGGGAUCUUUGAUGGUAGCUUCUUUGAGCGCAUGGAGAAGCAGCGGCGUGUGGGGAUCAAGGAGUACAGGCAGUACUAG